CGCCUACACACCACAGUGAUCAGAUUACCCUCUUGCACCACGCCAUGCUGCGUCCUGCGCCGCUUGCCUCUUCCGUGUCUCGCUCCCCUCCCCUCCCCUCCCCUCGCCGCGCCUCGCUCUUUAAUUUCCAGCGUCCCCGUCCUCUUUUCUUCGUCUUCUUCACCAAGCCUGCUCUGCUCUCCCCUUCUCUUCCCCCUUGUCUUACUUGAACCGUCUCCCUCUGCUUGACCCAGCUGCCUUGACCACGCACCGUUUCUUGGUUCCGCAUUGCGCGCGCUCCCGAGCACCCAGCGGCCAUGAUCACCGCGGCGGACCUCUACCACGUGCUCACGGCCGUCGUGCCGCUCUACGUCGCCAUGACGCUCGCCUACGGCUCCGUGCGCUGGUGGCGCAUCUUCACCCCCGACCAGUGCUCCGGGAUCAACCGCUUCGUCGCGCUCUUCGCCGUCCCGCUCCUCUCCUUCCACUUCAUCUCCUCCAACGACCCCUUCGCCAUGAACCUCCGCUUCCUCGCCGCCGACACGCUGCAGAAGCUCGCCGUCCUCGCGCUCCUCGGCCUCUGGUGCCGCCUCGGUAACGGCUCCCUCGACUGGCUCAUCACCCUCUUCUCCCUCUCCACGCUCCCCAACACGCUCGUCAUGGGCAUCCCGCUGCUCCGGGGCAUGUACGGCCCAGCCAGCGCCGGCACCCUCAUGGUGCAGAUCGUCGUGCUCCAGUGCAUCAUCUGGUACACCCUCAUGCUCUUCCUCUUCGAGUACCGCGGCGCCAAGAUGCUCGUCAUGGAGCAGUUCCCCGACACCGCCGCCGACAUCGUCUCCUUCCGCGUCGACUCCGACGUCGUCUCCCUCGCCGCCGGAGGCGGGGCCGACCUGCAGGCGGAGGCCGAGGUCGGGGAGGACGGCAGGAUGCGGGUCACCGUGCGCAAGUCCACCAGCUCCCGCUCCGAGGCCGCCUGCUCCCACUCGCACUCCCACUCCCACUCGCAGUCCAUGCAGCCGCGCGUCUCCAACCUCUCCGGCGUCGAGAUAUACUCGCUGCAGUCGUCCAGGAACCCCACGCCGCGGGGCUCCAGCUUCAACCACGCCGAGUUCUUCAACAUCGUCGGCGGCGCCAAGGGGGACGAGGAGAAGGGCUCCGCCGGGGCUGGCAACGGCACCGGCGGCCACUCGCCCCAGCCGCUGCCGCAGGCAUUGGCCGGGAAGCGCAAGGACCUGCACAUGUUCGUCUGGAGCUCCAGCGCCUCGCCGGUCUCUGAGCGCGCUGCAGGCGGUGCCAUGCAUGUCUUCGGCGGUGGCGCCGACCAUGGCGACGUCCUCGCCAAAGGUGCUCAGGCCUACGACGAGUACGGCCGCGGCGGCGGCGACGACUUCAGCUUCAGGAACAAGAACGGCGGCGUGGCGAACGUGGACGGGCCGACGCUGGCCAAGCUGGGGUCCAACUCGACCGCGCAGCUGCACCCCAAGGACGACGGCGAGGAGAGGGCGGCCGCGAUGCCGCCGGCGAGCGUGAUGACGAGGCUCAUCCUGAUCAUGGUGUGGAGGAAGCUGAUCAGGAACCCAAACACCUACUCCAGCCUCAUCGGCGUCGUCUGGUCCCUCGUCUCCUACAGGUGGGGGAUUGAGAUGCCGGCGAUCAUCGCCAAGUCGAUUUCGAUCUUGUCGGAUGCAGGGCUUGGGAUGGCCAUGUUCAGCCUAGGGUUGUUCAUGGCGUUGCAGCCCCGGAUCAUCGCCUGCGGGAACAAGCUGGCGUCGUACGCGAUGGCUGUGAGGUUCCUGGUCGGCCCAGCGGUGAUGGCCGCCGCCUCUCUGGCUGUUGGGUUGCGCGGGGUUCUUCUGCACAUCGCCAUUGUUCAGGCUGCUCUUCCGCAAGGAAUCGUGCCCUUCGUGUUCGCCAAGGAGUACAACGUACAUCCCAACAUUCUCAGCACAGCCGUGAUCUUCGGGAUGCUGAUCGCCCUCCCCAUCACACUGGUCUACUACAUACUGCUGGGCCUCUGAACUCUCAGCUCAGCUCAACCGGGUGCCACUGACAGCAGCAUCAUUCAGUACCGGUGCUCUAGUAGUAGUAGUAUCGUUUCCUUUUGCUUGCUUGGUUGAUCCCAAAUUAGAAUGCAGUACUAGUAGUAAACGUAGGUGAUUUUAGGUUGGGAUGGAAGCAUUAGAACUCUGAUGGAAGGAGUCGGUUUAGUAGAGAUAGUAGAAAGCGGAUUAGCGCCAACUAACGUUAAGUCUGGCUAAUUUGUAAGGCAUUGAUCAGAUCUAUCAUUGAGAUUUGUAACUCUUUCACUUCGUCUUCAUUCAUCUAUCGUAUGGGAUUUCCUUCAA